CGAAAAACACUUCGUCAAUCUCUAUCGCCAACACCUCCUGUUGGAAUACUGCGGCGAUCUCCUGAGAUCGGCUACUCGCCUACUUUCAAGGCCAUCAGCAGUGAGAGCAGGAGCGCUGCAGCCGCUGCCUCGCGCGAUUAUCGCAGCGAUCGUUGGACUUGCAGCUAUCCGUCGCCCCAUCGACGAUCGCGUAGCUCGUACGAGUUACGCGAUCGAGGUGGACGAGAUUACCUCUACGACGACAGGUCCCUUGAUCGUGACGCCUAUGUUCAAGAAAAGUUGGAGCUUGACGAGAUGUAUCGCAAACGAACACAUCAGGAAAGGGUGGGUCGUCGUGACUAUGUACCCCGAACAACGGUGGUACCGAUUCAGCGCGUGGGCGACGACUACCGCCGAAUUCACGCCCCACGCCCCUAUCACACAAUGCGGUCGAAGUCAAGCGACUACAUCCUCGAGAAGGACUACAGUCGCCCCGACGACUUCGCCAUCUCGGACACCUUCCAUCGCUUCUACGAUCGCGACGGGAACUACGUGCGUCGGGACGUGCGUCGCGGCUACGACGUCGACAUACGCAGAGACUACGACUUCGCGAGAGACGCAGAGCGACCAAGUUUUCGGGAUUCGUGGCGCGAGCCGCGAUACAGCAAGAGCGUGGAGCGACGGACUGAGGAACGCAUGGAGUACGAGGAGAAGGAGAAACGCAUGUGGAUUCCCGAACGAAGGGUGGUGGAAUCGCGCGAUUGGCGUGACGUGAUCGACCAACAGCGUCAACCUGCACCGGGUUACGCGCCCGACACACGACGUAUCCGUGAUGCGAGCGCCUCGCUAGGAAAUCUUCCUGCAAUAAUUAAUCGCAAGCUGGAAGAGACCCGAAAGAUUGAGAAAGAGCGACAAACCACUGAAUAUGGUUAUCGAUCGUUCGACAGCCGCAGGGAACCGCUGCUAGGCGCCUCUUCCCACACAGAAGCAUACGACAGAUCCGCGGACUAUGGUCGCUUCGAAAAGAGCUACGCACCUGAUUAUCGCACUCGGCACUACGACUCGUCGAGAUACGGAACAGCAGAAGCACGUGGUGCGAGUGCAGCUGCGGCCGCGGCGGAUUCAAGCUUUGCGUCGGAUUAUCGACGACGGGAACAUCGCGACGUGAGCCCUAGUCCGGGUUACGGUAGACGCGAGAUGAGUGCAGCAUUCCGUGAGGAAGUCCGUCGCGAACCGGUCAGCAACGAACAAGUGGUGGCCGUUAGCGGAAAGCAUCGCUGUGCUCAUUGUGGGGACGAAUUAGGCCGUGGAGCUGCCAUGAUUAUCGAAUCGCUCAACCUUUUCUAUCAUCUAUCCUGUUUCAAGUGCUAUGUUUGUAAAACACCACUAGGAUCCGGUGCUACUGGAGCCGAUGUUCGAGUACGAGAAGGUCGACUACACUGCCAGAGCUGCUACAGUAAUGAUCGAUUGCAGCUGAGCAAAGUCUGA